AUGGUGCAAGAAGCCAGCGAUUUUUACCGAUCUCAUUUCGGUGGUCUGAAUGUUUUCAAUGAGGAUGGUUGGAACCAUAUAGUAAAUCAUCACAACGGAUAUUUACCACUGAAAAUCAAAGCAGUGCCAGAGGGCACAGUGCUGCCAGUCAAAAAUGUUUUAUUUACUGUAGAAAAUACAGAUCCGUUAGUUCCAUGGUUAACAAGUUGGUUCGAGACAUUAUUAGUUCAAGUGUGGUAUCCGAUGACAGUUUGCACUAGUUCGCGUGCUCAGAAGGAACUUAUAGCAAAGUAUCUUCUCGAAACGGCUGAUUCACUCGAUGAUUUGCCGUAUAAACUACACGAUUUUGGUUAUCGUGGUGCCUCCUCUGUUGAAAGUGCUUCAAUUGGUGAUGCCGCCCAUUUGGUGAACUUCUUGGGAACAGAUACGGUCGCUGGUUUACUUUUGUGCCAGAAGUAUCUUCAUCACUUAGUUGGAGUUUUCCAAACAUUAGUUUUUUGUUUCAGAUAUUACGCGAAACCCAUGGCUGGAUUCUCUAUUCCAGCUGCAGAGCACAGUACUAUAACCGCUUGGAAGAAAUCAGGAGAAUCAGCUGCAUAUUUAAACGUUCUACAAAAAUUUCCAAAGGGACCGGUAUCAGUGGUCAGUGAUUCCUAUGACGUUUACAAUGCAGUUUCGAACAUCUGGGGUAAUGAACUCCGUGAAUAUGUCAUUAAUCGAGAAGGCAUUGGUCGGCUUGUAAUUCGACCUGAUAGUGGUGAUCCUGUAGAGGUUGUAAUAAAGGUGUUAAACUUAUUGUCGGAAAAAUUUGACAUCACUGUUAAUUCAAAGGGCUAUCGCGUUCUGCCUUCUUAUUUACGUUUGCUGCAAGGCGAUGGAAUCAAUUAUGAAACUAUUGCCAAACUUCUCAGCAUAAUGAAAAGUAAAGGCUGGAGUGCUGAAAAUGUUGCAUUCGGAACUGGCGGUUCUUUGUUGCAAAGAAUUGACCGUGAUACGCAGAAAUGCGCUUUCAAAUGUUCUCAUGUUAUAAUAGAUGGUGCAGAUCGUGACGUUUGGAAAAAUCCAACUACUGAUCAUGGAAAACAGUCUAAAAGAGGGCGCUUAACUUUGGAGAAAGAUGAAGCUAACAAUUAUAUCACCAAAGAAGAAGGCAUUGGUAAUUGUGAAAAGGACCAGCUGAUAACAGUAUUUGAAAAUGGCCGUCUACUUGUUGAUUAUACACUUGAUGAAAUAAGAGAACGAGCGGAACUGGAUGUCGUCAAGCAGGCAAAAUCGUCGUUGUUGACAGCUGUUUCCUCUUCUUUAGCGAACGGUGUUUAG